AUGGAACUGAAGGAUGCUGCAAAGGCCCACAUAGAGGCCUACAACGCGAUAUUCAACGGAAACAUACUUGACAAUCUUGUAGCAGGUGUCCCGCCUCUGGUGAAGGGCAAGACAAAGAUUAUUGUGGAAGAGAUUCAUGUUGCUCCGCCCUUUCUGAGCGACAAGGACCACAUUUCUGUGGACAGGAGGCUGCUCCCUAGGGAGUGCCGGGAGAGGGGACUAACAUACAAAGGAAAGAUGGUAGUCCGGGUGUCCCUGUUCCAUGAUAACAAGCACGUGGUGACCGAAGACAAGUCUGCGGGGCAUUUUCCUAUCAUGGUCCGGUCGACGCUCUGCCAUCUGAACGGCAUUAAGAACAAGAACGAGGUUGGAGAGGACGAAGACGAGAUCGGAGGAUACUUUAUAAUCAAUGGAAUCGACAGGUUCAUCAGAUUCAACAUCAUGCAGAAGAGAAAUCACAUAUUUGCGUUCAAGAUGCGGAAAAAAACAAGCUUUUUCAGCGACUAUAUGGUAUCGAUGAGAUGUGUGGGGAGGGAUGAGAUCGGACACAUGAAUUUCUUACAUUAUUGUACUGAUGGAAACGUGGUCAUCAAGAUAUUCCACAAAAAGUAUGAGUUUCUGUUUCCACUGGUUCUUGUGCUAAAGGCCUUGGUCAAUACGACCGAUGAGGAGUUGUUUGGAGCACUGGGAGGCGGGCAAAGGGCUGUCCAUCUUCUCAAGUGCUUUGCGGAGCACAAUGUUUUUUCAAGGACGGAAUGUCUGGACUAUAUCGGAUCACGUUUUUCUGCCAUUCUGAAUUUUGAGUCGAAGGCUGAGGUGGCCGAGGAAAUUUUGAGCAAAUAUGUUGUCUCCCACCUCUCGUCCAAUCUCGACAAGUUCAACUUUCUGAUACUCGCAGCCAGAAAGCUGUUCUCCUUUGUAGACAACGAGAUAACAGAGGACGAUCCAGACUCCCCCAGCAAUCACGAGCUGGGCACGGAAACACAGAUCAUAUCUUCCUUCCUCCGGGAUAGAAUAGAGGAGUUCAUGCGCUUCUUUUCAAUGAUGUGUAGAAAGACAUAUUACAAGCUGGAGGGAGAAAAAAGGAAGCUGGAGGGGGAUUCGGUGACUGAGUCUGGGUUUUGUGAGGAUGAGCUGGACAUAUCCAAGAUCAGGGAGAUAUUCAAGAGAACCUCUAUUAACAUUGGACAGAGGAUGGAGCUCUUCUUGUCGAGUGGAAGCAUAACUCUGACGUCUUGCUCGGACAUCCUGCAGACCCUGGGGUUUUCUAUCACUGCAGAAAGAAUCAACUUCUACAAGUACCUCAGCCACUUCCGCGGGGUCAACCGGGGGACUCAUAUUCCCUCGAUGGUGACAUCUAUCCGCAAACUCAGGCCGGAGUCAUGGGGAUUUCUUUGCCCUGUCCAUACGCCUGACGGGGCUCCGUGCGGGGUUCUUCUCCACAUGGCCAAGGAAGCGGAAGUGGUCAGCAGGGAUGACGAUUUCAACACGGAUAUUCUUUUCGAAUUUGGAGUUGUUCCAUCCAUCAGAGGUGUGGAGAUGGGCAUCCCUGUCCUUGUGAACGGGAGGGUGGUUGGGUCGACCUCGUCUCCAUCGGAUCUUACUCGUAUGGUGAGAGAAUACAGGAACAGGAACGGACUAAUGAUUGAAGUAGUUUAUACCUCGGAGCCAAAAAUGUUCCCCUCUGUGUGCAUUUUUAGCUCAGUAGGAAGAUUUGCCAGAAAGGUUAUGAACAGAAGGCUGGGGUCUGAAGAGUGGAUUGGGAUAAUGGAGCAAGUCUUUUUGAACAUAGACACUGAAGAGGGAGCGGGGGAUGGAGACUACUACGAAAUAGACAAGUCUGGAAUUCUGGGAAUAAUAGCAGGGCUGAUACCGUAUUCUGACCACAACCAGAGUCCCAGAAACAUGUAUCAGUGCCAGAUGGCAAAGCAAGCAAUAGGACAUCCAGCACAUAAUAUAAGGACAAGAACGGAUCCCACCAUGUACACAGUAAACUAUCUCCAGUCUCCGAUAGUUAGAACAGAGGGAUAUGAGAUGGUCAAGGAUUAUCCUGUGGGAAUCAACUGCAUGGUGGCUGUUCUCUCGUACACUGCAUACGACAUGGAAGAUGCGUUGGUCAUCAAUAAGAAUAGUAUUGACCGGGGGUUGUUUACGGGGUAUGUUUACAAGACAGAGAAGGUACCUUUGGAUAAAGGGUAUUUCUUUACAUAUCUUCCAUCUGUUGGGCAAAGGAUACAGAAGGACGACACGCUAUACAGAUAUGUUGACCAGGAUGGCCGGGAAUACGAGAAAAGGUAUCUAGGGACGGAGCCUGGGAUAGUGGAUAUUGUUAGGGUGUUUGAGAAUGACAUGGGCGAAAGAUGUGCUACAUUUACCAUAAGAAUAGUGCGAAGCCCUAUGAUUGGGGACAAGUUCAGCUCAAGGCAUGGGCAGAAAGGUGUCUGCUCGAUGCAUUGGCCGGGUAUCGACAUGCCGUUUACGGAGUCUGGAUGUGUUCCCGACAUCAUCAUCAACCCACAUGCAUUCCCAAGCCGAAUGACGAUUGGGAUGUUGAUUGAGUCGAUUGCAGGGAAGGUUGGGUGUCUGAGUGGGAAUGAGCAGGAUGGAACUGUGUUUAAAAAGAGCUUUCUUCUGGAACAAGAGGAGGGAGAUGACGAGAAGGUCAGAAGAAAAGAAUACUUGUGCUCGGAGCUUCGGAGGCACGGGUUCAACUACUAUGGAAACGAGCCGAUGUACAGUGGCGUAGCAGGGAACGAGUUCCGCGCUGAUAUUUUUGUGGGAGUGGUAUAUUAUCAGAGGCUGAAGCACAUGGUUGGAGACAAGUUCCAGGUGCGCACAAAGGGGGCCGUUGUAUCUACGACCCGACAGCCUGUUGGAGGAAGAAAGAAGCGUGGGGGAAUCCGCUUUGGAGAGAUGGAGCGUGAUGCCUUGAUUUCACACGGAGCUUCGUAUCUUCUGCAGGACAGGCUUCUUAAGUCUAGCGACUCCACUGUGUUUGAGUACUGCGGGACAUGCAGGAGCAUACUUUUUACGAACAACGGAGAUUGCAUCUGCGGAAGCAGCGAUCUCAAGGCAGUCGAGAUGCCGUAUGUCUUCAAGUAUCUGUGCUGCGAGCUGCUUGCGAUGAACAUCAAGGUCCAAAUCGACCUAUAA